AUUACAGCACUGUCUGUCUGGACUAGACUCACAUACUGCUGAAUACAGGCCAAUACCACACACACGGUAGCAGACGUAACACACACACAACAAACACAAAAGCAGACACAAAACCACACUGACUAAUAAACUUUGAGGUUAGCAUCACUAACCUUCCCUGAAACAGAUAGAAGCAUGUGUGUGCGCGAGGGGCUUUUCUGUUUUUUGGCAGCACACAGAUCAUGUGGUUGUUAUUAAGUCCACAUUCUGUUUAAGACAGCAGGGGGAUUUUGAACGGAGGGGAGAGGAGAUUACAGGAAAAAUGGAGCAAGGGAGAGGGGCAAAUAGCCUUAAACGGAGAAGGGGAAUAAAGAAGAAAGAGGGCGGAGGUUAAAAGGAAUGAUGGGUGCUGAGAGGUGCUGAAGAUGGGAUUCAUGGUGGGGAUACAGUGCUUUAGGGGUGUGUGUGAUGUUUGUGUGUUAGGGUGGGUUCUCACACAUGAUCUAUCAGAAGAACAGCUGUGUGACAAUAUGCUGAAGACCAACAUAUGCAGUGAGAGAAAGACCAAAUGAAGAGGAGCUGCAGCUAACAACUAUUUUGAUAAUCUGUUGAACAUGUAUUCCACAUCUGGAACAUUGGUGUCCUUCAAACAAUGUGCAAAGACUUUUGUAUAAUGAAUGUAUAAUAUUCAUUGUGUGCAAAAAUGGUAUAAAAAGUAUAUGGUAACAAUUCACCAUUCAUUUUCCCUACAGAGAUUUCGAAAAAGUCUUUAAAAAGUUAUAAGCUAUGAACAAAACCAACCAGCUAUGAGGUUGAGUACUGGAGAGGGGGACGGGGCGUGGUGUCCAGCUGGUCCAGUGUUUCCCAGCGGCUCAGAGUACCUGCAGGUGGAUCUGCGCAAGCUUCAUUUCCUGUCUCUGGUGGGCACACAGGGUCGCCAUGCAGAUGGGCUCGGGCGGGAGUUUGCACGCAGUUACCGGCUGCGUUACUCUCGUGAUGGACGACACUGGAUAACGUGGAAGGACCGCAGGGGACAGGAGGUGGUGUCAGGGAACGAGAACACAUAUGAUGUGGUCCUGAAGGACCUGGGUCCGCCCAUCAUAGCGCGCAUGGUGCGCGUCUACCCGCUGGCGGACCGUGUGAUGAGCGUGUGUCUAAGAGUUGAACUCUACGGUUGUGUUUGGAAGGACGGACUAAAGGCAUACACCGCUCCUGUGGGUCAUGUGAUGGACCUGUCAGACACUCCUGUCUACCUUAAUGACUCCAUCUAUGAUGGCAGUAAAGAGGCAGGGGUGAUGUUCGGAGGAUUGGGCCAGUUGUGUGAUGGUGUUUUAGGUGGGAAUGAUUUCAUGGAGAGUAAAGAGCUGAGAGUGUGGCCAGGAUAUGAUUACGUCGGCUGGAAUCGAGAAACCUUGGGCCAGCCCACUGUUGACAUUGAGUUUCACUUCGAGAAAACACGGGUCUUUCACACCAUGCAGGUGCACAGUAAUCACAGACACACUCAGCAUGUGCGGGUGUUCAAUGAAGUGGUGUGUGAGUUUAAGGCCAGUCUGUUGAGCCCGUGGGCGGAACCUGCGCUCAGUCUUCAAGUGCCGCUGUCUGACCUACACGACCCUUCGUCCCGCACCAUCUCACUGCCACUCGGAGGACGACCGGCGCAAAUUCUCCGCUGCCGUUUUUCUUUCAGUGACCGCUGGCUCCUCAUCAGCGAGAUAAGCUUCUACUCGAUGCCAUUUGAGGAUCGAUCCAUCCUUCCUCCUCUGCCUUCCUCCAGCACUCGUCCUCUCAAUGCUACUUCUCCUCCAACCCCCAGCCCCGCAAACGGAACCAGCAGCCCCACCGACCUCCUCAUGACCAUUACUUCACUGCUGCCCAGCAGCAUACCAACAGAGUUUCCUGCUGUCACUCUGAGGGCGGGCUUACCUAUGGCCAAAGAUGACAGCAGCAACACGGCCAUCCUGAUUGGCUGCCUGGUUGGAAUUAUCCUGCUCCUAUUGGCUGUCAUAGCUGUCAUACUUUGGAGGCAGUACUGGAAGAAACUACUUGGCAAGGCCCAAGGCAGCCUCUCCAGCGACGAGCUGCGGGUUCAUCUUUCGGUUCCAUCGGACAACGUGGUGAUCAAUAACACUAACACCCACACAUACUCCAGCCGCUACCAGCGCAUACACACCUUCCCCGACGACCGGGACCGCGAGGGAGAAUACCAGGAGCCCAGCACUGUACUGCGGCCCCGAGAGCAACGUGACAGCACAGCACUGCUGUUAAACAACCCAGCAUAUCAUCUCCUCCUGUCUGACCUGACACAUGGCCCCAACAGGCUGACAAACUGCCACAGCCAGCAAGAAAAGCCCCAAAACCUGUCCCAGGCAUGUGCUAUUGAUAUGGUUGAUAAAGGCCUACCAAUUCAGGAGGGACCGCCUCCUUACCCCGGAGCUCCACCCCCUUGCCUGUCAGCAGCUCAUUAUGGAGAAGCUUCCGGAGCCGGGGGAAGCGUUCCUCAUUAUGCAGAAGCUGACAUCAUCAGUCUGCAAGGCGUUAGUGGUAACAAUACAUAUGCAGUCCCCGCCCUCUCAGCCACGCCCACUGAUUGUCCACCACUGCCCGAGUUGCCACGGGAACGACUUAUAUUCAAAGAAAAGCUGGGAGAAGGACAAUUUGGAGAGGUUCAUCUGUGUGAGAUUGAAAACCCUCAGGACCUGGCAAACCUUGAGUUCCCAUUUAAUGUCAGGAAAGGGCGCCCUCUGUUGGUGGCUGUGAAGAUUUUAAGGCCAGAUGCCUCUAAAAAUGCCAGGAAUGAUUUUCUGAAGGAGGUGAAGAUUUUAUCUCGCCUGAAGGAUCCGAACAUAAUCCGCCUGCUGGGUGUGUGUGUAAGCAGCGACCCAUUGUGUAUGGUCACAGAGUACAUGGAGAGCGGAGACCUCAAUCAGUACCUCUCCCAUAGAGUGUUGCUGGACAAGACCGGCCCUUCACAUAAUACACCAACCAUCAGCUACCCAGCUUUGAUCUCCAUGGCGAGUCAGAUCGCAUCAGGAAUGAAGUUCUUGUCGUCUCUGAACUUUGUGCACCGAGACCUGGCCACGCGGAACUGCUUGGUGGGUGGAGAGAGGGGUGAGGGGGAGGACCGCGGCGGAGAGCGCCAGAUAAAGAUAGCUGAUUUUGGCAUGAGUAGGAACCUCUAUGCUGGCGAUUACUACAGGAUACAGGGACGAGCUGUGCUGCCUAUUCGCUGGAUGGCAUGGGAGUGCAUCCUCAUGGGGAAGUUCACUACGGCGAGUGAUAUGUGGGCAUUCGGCGUGACACUAUGGGAGAUGCUGAGCGUGUGUCAGGAGCAGCCGUACAGUCACAUGACCGAUGAACAGGUCAUUGACAACGCAGGGGAGUUUUUCAGAGACCAGGGCAGACAGGUGUACCUGUCUCGCCCAGCUGUGUGCCCACAGGGUUUGUAUGAGCUGAUGCUUAGCUGCUGGAACAGAGACUGUAAACUACGGCCUUCCUUUGCGUACAUUCACUCCUUCCUCACCGAAGACGCCAUGAACAUGGUUUAGAAAGUGACAGAGAGAUGAAAAGCGGAAGAAUGUAAGAAAGUGUGUGUGGACCACAGACUGGUGGUGUUUUUCAGCAGACACGGCUAAGCACUCUUAUGUAAAUUCGUGUCUUUUUUGAUGGGUGGGUUGGGGCAAAUAAAAGCCGCAGGUUCGGUGCCCCUAAAUGACCCACUUCUCACCCCUUAUCCUGAAAUCCUGAACUCUUCAAGCAACAUUUUAUCCCCAAAUCAUUUUAGGCUCGCUGUUCCCCCUCUAUCAAUACUUAUCACAUCACUAUUCCACAGUAUUUAGUUUCACAGAGAUACAAAUCUCCCAGAAUGCACCACAGAAAUGGUUCUUUUUUUUUUUCUGAAACAUUAUUCUGCCUCAUUUUUACUCGGUGAACCCAAGAAUGAAACCUCUCUGUAAAUGUUUCCUGCUGUAAAACUGAAGUCUUUUGUGUUCUGUGAGGUCCAGUAAUGAUGACUAAGCGCUGACGAUAGUCUAACGGGAAUAAUGUGGGAUUGGUUUUGUGAUAAAAUGUUGCUUGGCAUCUGAACCUUAAAUCCUGGUCCUCUAACCUGUAUGAAAAAUGUCUCUUCAUUCCCUAGACACUGAAUAGAUCUCGAAACAUAAUCAUAUAAACUGGUGGAGGGUUUCAUAGCUAGAUGACAGGCAGCACAAAAGCACACGGCUCUAUAAACUGUCCAUUUAGGGAAACAUUUGACAGAUAUGCGUAUUAAAACAUACAAUAGCAGAAAUACAGAAAUAGUGCAUAUUAAGUGAAAAUAGUGAAUAACAUUUGAAUCAGUAAAUUCAGUCUAACUUUGCUAGCAUUCGUAGUCAUGUAGACAAUCUGAGGCUGUAUCAGGCAGUUUUUCAUGUAUAUUCUGUGGUGGAGGGUAAUUCAUCAUUAAGAAAUGCUCGUUAAACAUUCAACACUGAGUGGGACGUUUUCAUCUCAUUGAUAUGAAAUCAUUUUUUGACCUCUUGGAGAACCAUUUAAAGUGUGGAUAAAUGUCAGUAACACGUCUUUUGGUGUGUAUUCAAAAUGAUGUACAUAAAUGGCUGAAUUAUUUACGAUAUGCCAAAAUAGAAAAUUGAUUUUUGUGACUCCACCCCUGUAUGUCUGCACAUAAAUAGUCCCUUAAGGUCUGUUCACACCAUGGACAAAAACUACAAUUAUACAUUUUUAAUAAUCGUUAUAAUUCUGUAAGAACAAGGAAACCCACUCCACCGCUAUAAUGAUAUCAACAGAGAAACAAUAUGGUGGGAAUCGCAUUCAGAAUGCAGAAAGCCAAUCAAAAUCUGACUUUAAGGGGCUUAAGCAUUUAAACUGCAGCCUGUGCUUGUAAUAAACAGAGCAUUAUCGUGUGUUGGUAUCGCUUUCAUUCUUCGUUUGAGUGGGCCUUUCCUCAGUUAUCUCAACAUUUAGUCACUCCAUCCUUCAUUGACUACAAAGGCCUGUUCACACCAAGAACAAUGACCAUAACGAUAAUUAUCUAGCAUUCACACCAAUAGACGAUAAUGUUUUGUUUAUUAUAAGCACUUGCUGCAGUUAUAUUGUAGUCCACUUUAAAUACUCAAGCUCUGUACAGCUGGGUGGAUUCUGAUUGGCUGUCAAUGUUUUAGCAUCCAUCAGCUAGAAAAAAAAAUUAUUCUGAACGUAAUUCCAAUGAUAUUGUUCUUUAAGGCCCAUUCUCACUAAGGAUGAUAACUAUAAAGCUUUAAUGAUUCAAAUUCUAACAAUAAGAAGUCCACACUACAACCACAUGAUAAUGACACAAAGGAACAAUAUCAUUGGAAUCACUUUCAGAAUUAUUUCCCCCCCCCCCCAACACCUGAAUCCUUGAGCAUUGAGCAUUUAAAGUGGCAGAAUAAUUGCAUCACAUGCUUAUGAUAAAUAUGUAGUUAUUAGACACCAAUAUAGUUAUUGUUCUUGGAGUGAACGGGCGUUAAGUGUGAAUGUGAUUUAUUUGAUGACACGAAAAAUGAUUGCAUAUGGUUUUUGAAAUGACCUGCCAGUAUGUGCACUGACUUGAAUAAGCUGAAUGCACUUCCUGAACUUUUGGGCAUCAGUAUAUUCUGUGUAGAAUUUAAAGAUGCUUUUGAAUGGGAUAUAUGGAAUUGGCUACCAAUGCAUUAUUUGAAAAGUCUGAAUAUGAGCCUGGACUUGCCAGAAAUAGGCCUGGAACAAUUUAGAGCGAGAAAGAGAGGAAAAAACAAGCAGAGUGGCCACAGACAUAUACAUUUACACCAAUAAGUUUGACAAAGUUAUUGCCUACAGAAUGAGAAAUGAACUGGAUGAACAGAAAAAUAAGCAAAGCAUUUGUCCUGAAUUUACUAUGUAAACCUGUAGGACAUUUGCAGGAAACUCUCUUAAAGCUACAGUACGCAACUGCAUACUGCAGACUGUAGAUAAAGACCUCUUCCUCAUUUAAGAGUAAGACCGUGUGUGUAGGUGGGGGUGGAGAGCAACAUGUAUACUGUAAUAUACACAGAAGAAUGUGAUUCCCAAAUGGUUAUAUAACCAUGCUGAUUAUGCUUAUUGAAUGACCUUUAACCUUUUUUGGUACACUGAGGCCCUGAACCUUUAUUGUAUUUUUUAUAUAUAUAUAUAUAUAGUUUUGGGCAUGUUCUGUCCUCAGCUAUUCAUGUUUCAUAAAUAAUGAAAAAUGUAAAUACUUCAUGGGACAUAAUUUUCUUCAUUAAUAUUGCUAUCUGUUAUUAAUCGGGUCUGUCUGUCUCUGUUUUAGACUCCCUGCCUGUGUUAGUCAGUGUCAUUGCCUGUGUUGUUGUCUUAUUUUUGUAGGUGUUUCAAUAAAGUAACCUUUUCAAAUAAA